CACCGUGACCAAAGACGCAUUUAAACGUUUGCUACGCACAAUGGAUAAGAGGUAUGUUCUGCCCUCCCGCACAUACUUCAAUCAAGUUGCCAUCCCACAGCUCUACGCAGAAUGUAAGGCCAAAGUUGUAAAUGAGCUGGAAAACACGGAGUUUUAUGCAUCAACUACUGAUCUGUGGUCAAGCAGAACGACCGAGCCCUACAUGAGUUUGACCGUGCAUUUCGUCAACGCCAACUUCGAGUUGUGUAGUCGCUGCCUGCAGACAGCAUACUUCCCCACUGACCAUACCGGGGAGAAUAUGGCCAUGGGGCUGAAGGAGUGCUUGGCCAACUGGGGUCUAAAAGAAGAGGCCCAGACGUGCAUAACAACAACAGACAACGCUUCAAAUAUGGUCAAAGCAAUGGGACUUAACCAAUGGACCAGACUGCAGUGCUUCGGACACAGGCUGCAUCUUGCAAUUGAAAAUGCUGUCAAAGAUGAGCAAAGAAUCAAACGGGCCACAGGACUUUGCAAGCAGCUGGUUGUGGUCUUCACUCACAGCUGGAAGAAGAAGGCGGCACUAAAACAGGCACAGCAAGACUUGAACCUACCUCAACAGUCACUGGUCACUGAAUGUCCGACACGAUGGGGCUCCCGGCAGAAAAUGAUUGGGAGGGUGUUGGAGCAGAGCAAGGCACUGUGCCAGGUUCUGUCUGAAGACAGGAAGACCCGGCACCUGGUCCUCACUUGGCAAGACACAGAUGUCCUUGAAUCUGUAAACAAUGCCCUCGGUCCUCUUCAGGAGUUCACAGACGCCCUCUCAGGUGAGGACUACGUAAGCGUGUCAUACCUGAAGCCAGUGCUCCAUCUCCUCAGAACAGCAACGCUUGCUGAAACUGACCAGGACACGAAUCUCACCAAGGAGAUCAAAUCAAGAGCUCUCCACUACAUUGAAGAGAAAUACAGCGACCCAGUGACACAGGAGCUCUUGGACAUCACAUCCUUCCUUGAUCCAAGAUUCAAGAAGAGCUACAUAAGCGAAGAGAAUGUCCCAUACAUCAAAGACAGAGUGAAGAUGGGAAUGGAACAGGUGGCACAAAAGGAGCAGAGGGCUUGUGUCACAACCCAUCCCAUGCCCCUGAGUGCAGAAGAAGAACCACCAUCCACCUCUACAAAGCGAAAGCGGUCACUGGGCAGCUUUUUCAAGACCAAGGCGGGUCCCUGCUUCCUCUACUGUGCAGUUGGAGGAUAUCAUUAA